GGUAGUAAUUAUUUAUUAAUAUAAUGGUCCUACAAUCCUACACCAUUGUAUAAAAUACUUUAAAUAAUAUAUAAUUUAUAGUAUUUAAUUGUAUUCUUCAAUUUCUUAUGGUCCGACACUUCAACGGGCUACGGCACAAAAGUGGUGAAAAGUCAAUAACGCUGCCUGGACGACCCUACCUCACUUCGGAAUUCGUCUAGAAAGAAACUAUACUAUUAUCAAAAAGCAACAAUAAACGGCUCUCCGAUUGUAAACGUUUAUUCGUUGUCGUUCCACGUCUAUAUUUCACGAUUGUUGUUGUCAACUCUUCCAAAUUAUUUUGUGACGAUCCGAACCUCUCCAGGGCACUAGCCUAUGUAAGAAGUAGUGAUAAAUCAACGAUCAGCUUGGCUGCUGGUAGCGGUGACUCUGAGGUUAUGUCAAAUCAAGAUCUAGAACCAAACAGUAUCAAUGUGUUCAGUUUAACCAAAUUGUCAUAUAUGAGGUGCAAUGAAUAUGAAAAGAAAAGGUAUAAUGAAUUGCAAACACCUAGAAUUGAUGUAAGAGAGUGCUGUAUACUUUUAAUGCAAGGCUCCAAUGAUACUAUGAUGUAUGCACUACAAUAUGGACACUUUGAUUGUUUCAAACACGGUCAUAAAAUGGGAAUGAAAUUACCCUAUUGGAGUUGUCUUCAUGCAGCAGGUAAUGGAAGAAUUGGUAUUUUAAAAUAUGCACAUGAACAUGGAUGUUUUUUUGGUUUAUUAAAUAUAUGUAAGGAAGCAGCAAUUAACGGAAAUGUAGACUGCUUAAAAUAUGCACAUUUGAAUGGUGGUUUAAUGUCUGAAAAUGUAACCAAGUAUGCUGUACGUUACGGAAACUUAGACUGUCUGAAAUAUGCACUUCAAAAUGGCUGCCAAUGGAGGUCCAAUAUGUGUGCCCUCUCUGCGUAUAGUGGAAAUUUGGAUUUUGUAAAGUAUUGUCAAGAAAAUGGAUGCCCAUGGGUUAUUAAGAGUUCAUUGGACUGGUUUUUGGUAGGUUCACAAGUUGUUUCAUUGCAAUUAAGACAUCAGAGAUACCCUGUGAAACAUUUAAUAAAUAGAAUUAAAUGCUGCAUAAACUAUAUUCAAAAUACAGCAGAUGUAUGGGAAAAUUGUAAAUUUGAAGAUAAUGUGGUAGUAAAAAAAUUAACUCAAUAGUAAUUAUGAACGGAGCAUCCUUUACUAUUAAUUAUCAAUAUAUCAAUAUUUUAAAUCGGUUAAUGUUAA